GGAGGUUCAUACUUAACUUGCCAGCCGUUGGGCAGGGAGGGCGGUGUGGGGUCUCUCUCUUUGAAGUCUCUUCUCCCCGAGUCUGGGGUGAGAGGAAGCGUGGAAACGGCGCACCGGGUCAGGAGAGACAGUGGUCUCUCGUCGAGCCCCACCCGCUAUUGAGAGACGCUGCCUUGGAAGGCCCCUGAGGAAGGCAAUGACUGAGUACAAACUGGUGGUAGUAGGAGCUGGGGGUGUUGGAAAAAGUGCCCUGACCAUCCAGCUUAUCCAGAAUCACUUCGUAGAUGAAUAUGAUCCUACUAUUGAGGAUUCUUACCGCAAACAAGUUGUUAUUGAUGGAGAGACUUGUUUGCUAGACAUCCUGGAUACGGCAGGACAGGAAGAAUAUAGUGCCAUGAGGGACCAAUAUAUGAGAACUGGGGAAGGCUUUCUUUGUGUGUUUGCCAUUAACAACAGCAAAUCAUUUGCAGAUAUAAAUCUUUACAGGGAGCAAAUUAAAAGAGUGAAAGAUUCAGAAGAUGUACCAAUGGUAUUAGUGGGAAACAAAUGUGAUUUACCAACAAGAACAGUAGACACCAAGCAGGCUCAUGAAGUAGCAAAGAGCUAUGGUAUUCCAUUCAUUGAGACAUCUGCCAAAACAAGACAGGGUGUUGAAGAUGCUUUUUAUACAUUGGUUAGAGAAAUCCGUCAGUAUCGAAUGAAAAGGCUCAACAGUAAUGAAGAUGGAAAUCAAGGCUGCAUGGGGGUGUCGUGUCUUGUGAUGUGAUGAGCUGCCUUUGAAUCAUCCAUCCGUUCAAAAUUGAAUCUUAAUUCCACUGUUGCAUUUCAUGACGAUGCCUUGGCCAGUAUCAUGCAAGUUGCCAAUUGAUCAAUACUAAAACAUUAUAUCAGCACCAGAAGAUACUGUUUCUGAACAUCUACCUCUUUGCUCAGUUGAGCAUGCAAAGAAAAUCUCAUAUGUUACGUGUGGGAUUUUUUACUUUCCUUUCUUGGGUAGGUUCAAACAGAGAAACUGAUUAAAUGAGAACUAUAGAGGCCCAAUGCCUUGAGAGAAAUAACAUCUCAUUUUCUGGAAAGAAGUCUGGAAUGAAUUGUGAUCAUGCUAUUCCGAAAAAGCAAUUGCACAGCAUUGUAUGGUAACAUUAUGCUUGAUUUCCUGUACGCCAUUUUUAACCAGGAUAAUAUUUGUCACAUUUCCUGUACUAUGUACUUAAAUAUUCCUAUUGUACAUUAGGUUAAUCACAUCUAGUUCUAACCUCUUUAAUUCUGGCCUUUUUAUAACAAAAGUAAAAUUAUUUGAUUUUCAAGUGCCUCUUUACAAAGGCAAGCUAGACCUUAAGCCUUAUCAUGCUGGUUGCAGCUCUGAUUCCUAGCUGACCCAUCCUGAAUGUUUAAAGCUGACUCAGUUCAUUGGUCUGUGUUAACCCAGUAUUAUCUAUGCUCGGCUUUAUUGUCUUAUCCUUCUAUUUGGGCUUCCCAAUGAACUAACUGUAUGUGGGAACUUUUGCAGAAGGUAUUUACCAGCACUGGGCUUAGUUGUCAGAGUUCCUCACAUCAUUGGAUGAAAAGCACUUUGAGAUUAAGAUUUUCCUGAGGAAAUAGCAGUCAAUUGCUAUUUUCCAGUUUUAAAUAUAAUACAUUCCAUUUACCUUGUGCUUGAAGGUACUGGUGUUUUCAUCAGGACCGCUUAUUAGCUGUGAAUACUGUCAAUAGCUGUUACUCCAUUCUCAGUCAUAAAACAUGGCUGUGUGAAGUUUGUGUAGAAAAAAAAAUCUGUUUUAUCCCAGCUAUUUCUGCACUUCUAUUUUUAGUUAAACUUAUUUACUCCUUUGAUACCUUUGUCAAGCACAGUGUCUUUAGACGUAUUAGCAAAGAAAUGUAUUUAGGGAUCAACUUCAUUGGCAUUUGUUUUGAAAGCUCUCUCCCAGCUACUGCUGUGCAGUGAAACUAGAAGUGAAGAGCUAGGGUAAAAUGGAACUAGAGAAGUAGAGGGUGACUUUAAUUUUCCUGCUGCUUAAAAGUAGGAUUAAAUUGAUAACUGUACAUUUAUCCUUACAAAAUAUGGAGCUGGAUUCCUCAGUAGUCUCCAUACCUCUAUCAUAAAAGAAAAGGAGCUGUGAGUUUUCCUUUGCUGAGGAGUAGUUGAUUGGGUUACUAUUUAUAUGAUGUAUCCAAAAUCUGGUCCUGAAUACCAUGUGUGUAUAUCAUCUCACUUUCAAGGGAGUGAGGGAACUGCCUUCACUGAAAGUAGAUGCUUAAAAUGAUGUGAGGUGAUAUAAAAGCUGUCUGUGUGACUGUUUUACAUAUCUGAUUGAUGUGGUUAUGUUGAUUGAAGCACAGAAAUGACUUCAAUAGAAAUGGAGUUUGUAGUCAUUAAAUGUUUACUGGUUUACAAUAUUGCCAUUUUACUGCAUACAUUCUAAAGUUGGAUAGAAAACCACUGUCCAACCUAAUCCAAACUAUCUAAUCACCAAGUGAGAAAGUUGGCAUAUUAUUUCCUAAAUAUAUAACUUAAUGGAUCAUUUCAGGCAUACUUGAUCUGAAGCUAAUUUCAUACAGCAUUACAUAGGGCCAUACAAUAAUGUGUUCAUAUGCUUUACUGCUGGCUAAUCUGCUAAUAUUUUACCAAGAAAAUCAGAGCUCUUUUUCUUGAGAAACUGAUGUCAUCUGAGCAAUACAUUGAUACUCUUUAAAGUCCUUUUACAUGUUGCUCCAUAGCAUUCAAUUUUUCCUUAGUAUGAUUCCUUUGUUCUGUGGUAGAUAUGUGGCAUAUACUCUGGUGAACACAGUGAAAUUUGCUUAAUUUCAAUAAAUUGGCCAGCUGUGUAAAGUACAGGAGCACUACUGCAGAACAUGGGACCAAGCUGUGUAAAGUACAGGAGCACUACUGCAGAACAUGGGACCGCUUAAAUAGAAGUACAGUGAAUUGUUGGGCUUAAAAGAAUUAUUGAUACAUCACACCUCUUGGUUAGCAUUUGCAGUUUGAAAUUAUAAUUCCAGGAACCUGAAUAUUAAAUGUCAUUUUUGGCUUAGUGUUCUGCAUGUUUGCCAAUGAAUCUGAGAAGCACAUAGUAAUAUAUUAGUAAUUUUCCAUCUGGGGUUCACUUGUAUUAAAUGAUGUUUCAUCACAAGUGAAACAUAGGUUAAUUAAAAAGCAGCUUGUAGAAUGAAGUAGGUGAAAUCAGUUAAUUUGGGUGAGGGAAGCAAUUUUCAAACAACUUUGCUUCAGCAUGUAAAACAUUUUAUCUAAAAGUGGUAACAUUUGUAAUUCUUGCCUUCUUUCAGGUCUUGAAAUUUCCUACAUUUACAUUUGUAUUAUAUGCAGAGGAUGUUUUGGUGGCUAAUCUGGGCCACAACAAUAUAUUAUUCAUGAGUAGUCUGUCUUCUCCAGAUCACUGUUUGUCUCUUUCUGUAGCACUAAGCAAAAAAGGGAUUCAAUGGAGAACAUUUUAAAUAACACACAGCAGUGAUAAAUAUGAAGUUAAAUCUCAUGUACAUGUAGUCCUUGACUUACAGCCACAGUUGAGCCCAAAAUUUCUGUUGCUAAGCAAGGCAGUUAAGUGAGUCAUAAAGUCAUUUUUUUCAGUGGCGUAACUUUGAAUAGUCACAACCAGUCAUUAAAUGAAUGGUUGUAAGUUGAGGACUAUAUAUUAGGAAAUUUAGGAAAGCAAGCACACAGAUUAUUUAUAUAGAAUGGUUCUCACAAAUUGCCAUGAACAGAUAUAUAACUAAAAUAAGUGCAUAGUUUUGAAUAAGAGUAUGGUAUGUGCUGAUAGUGUCUGUUGGUUGCAGAUUUAAAAAAUAGUGUUUUAAAAUAACUUUUACAACCAUGUUCCUCAGCUGAUCAGGCAUAUCUUUGUAUUAUUUUAGAAAAGAAUCUCACUGAUUCAUGUAAAUCUGCAAAGCCCUUUCCAAAACAAGCUGGAUUUUUAUUUUACUCGGCUCACAACAUUGAAACUUAGAUAUGGAAGAAAAAAUCUAUUGCAAGCUGGGCUUCCAAUUACGGUUCCUUGUUUUUCUUCUAACUGAUUAUAAUAAUGCUGUUGAAAUUACACUAAUAAUUUGCUGUAGGUGCCAUACAUGUUAAUUUUGCUGGACUGUUGAACAGAAAACAAGAUUACAGUGUUUGAUCUGCUUAAUAUUUUUAAACAUUUUCCAUUACUAAAAGGAUAUGCCUGAUACAGCAGGAUAAUAAUAUGCAAACUUAGACAAAAUGUUGAUUCUUUUUAAAGGAAAUGGUUUCCUUCACAGGAUGAAUGGCUUCUGUAAGUUGCCUACUGUGUCAUGUGUGGAUUGUCUUGUUUAAUGUUUCAGAAUGUUUAAUAUACUGUUUCAGAAAUAUUUGUGCCCAUAUGAAAAUGUAAUUGAUCCACUGAAUCUUAUGGUCAGUUUCUUGUGUUAUUUUCGAUCUGUGGUUGUUUUGUUUUGUUUUUUUAAAUACCUAUAUUGAUUUCUAAACUUUGGUAAGAUACAUUUGGACUGUUUGAAAACAAAAGUGCCUUUGUUACCUAAUAAA